AUGGCAGAUAAUAACAAUAAAAACGCAGAAUUAAAAAGGAAGUUGGAACAGCAUCAAUAUACACCAGAAGAAAACAUGGUCAUGAGGUCUGCCAUGUUCAAUUUUGUCACCUUGACUUCAGUGGGAGCGGCAUCUCUUGGUUUAGCUGCAAGAUUGUUGGCAAAAUCAAGACGAGUACCAACAGGCUUUUUCACUUUUGCUGGAACACUUCUUGGUAUGGGUUGUGGUGCUUCUUUGGGAACGGAUAGGGCUCUGCAUAAAAUAGAAACUUCAUUACCACCGGAUUCUCUAUUGCUAGAAUUCUUUUCAAAGAACAAAAAACUCAACAGCAAGAAAAAGGACGAGGACGUUUUCAAUACCGACAUUGUGAACACUAGAAAUGACACUACCUCACCAAAUGGUGUUGGUAGUAGUAAAGAAAGCAGUAAUGACAAAAUCUCUGAAGAAUUUCUUUCUGAUGAUACGGUGGAAUCAUUAUCCAUUCCACCUGAACAAUCAUUUCAAAAUCAAGCAAAAGAGAACUAA